AGGAUGUCAUACGCUAACGCUACAUAGCCAAAGCGAUUUUUAAAUUAUCCAUCGGAUGAAGAGUUCACCCGACUGAUUUUACACACGCGGAGUGACUGGACAUUAUGGAGGAACCUUGGGAUUUUGAGUUUUUGUCCCGGAUAGCUGACAGCUGCUUGUCAUUCCUGUCUGAAUUUGUUGACGACUGGCUCGCCAACGAUAUGAGGGUCUCCAUAUUCAAAAUCCUACUCAGCUGGUUAAUUUUUAGUCUGAUCGCGAUUCACUUUGCAUGGAAAUUUUACGGGAAUACAGUGAACGAUAUGUAUUAUCGACAGGGGACGGGACAGAACGGAGGCACACCUGAAACAGCACCUCACCUGAGCGGAUGGGAAAGCAAAGCAGGAGACACCCCGAAGACUCAUCGAGAUUAACAGGACAAUGGUGUCGGACUUAAUCUGAGUGAGAGCUGGACUCCUGUGAUGAGACAUUGAAUGCGCUCUCAAGUUUUGCUGAUAACAAAGCAUCUUCAGUGCAUUCAAGUUGGAUGCCCAGAAACACAUCUGUUAUGCUUACCACCAGUGUCAAACUGAUAUCCACUGAAUCAACUACAUCAUGCCG